AUGAAGAUGACGUGCCAGACCUACAGCUUCGGCAAGACGAGCUCCUGCCACCUGUCCAUCGACGCUUCGCUCACCAAGCUCUUCGAGUGCAUGACCCUGGCCUACAGUGGGAAGUUGGUGUCUCCAAAGUGGAAGAAUUUCAAGGGCCUGAAGCUCCAGUGGAGAGACAAGAUCCGGCUCAACAACGCCAUCUGGCGGGCGUGGUACAUGCAGUAUUUGGAGAAGCGCAAGAACCCCGUGUGCCACUUUGUCACUCCGCUAGAUGGCUCCGUGGAGGUGGACGAGCAUCGCCGGCCAGAGGCCAUCACCACGGAAGGGAAGUACUGGAAGAGCCGCAUUGAGAUCGUGAUCCGGGAGUAUCACAAGUGGAGAACCUACUUCAAGAAAAGGCUCCAGCAGCACAAGGAUGAGGAUCUCUCCAGCCUGGCCCAGGACGAUGACAUGCUUUACUGGCACAAACACAGGGACGGAUGGAAGACUCCGGUCCCCAUGGAGGAGGACACACUGCUGGACACAGACAUGCUCAUGUCAGAAUUUGCCGACACCCUCUUCUCCACGCUUUCUUCACACCCGCCAGUGGCCUGGCCCAACCCACGCGAAAUAGCACAUCUGGGAAAUGCAGACAUGAUUCAGCCAGGGCUGAUUCCUUUGCAGCCCAACCUGGACUUCAUGGACACUUUUGAGCCUUUCCAGGACCUCUUCUCUUCCAGCCGCUCCAUUUUUGGCCCCGUGCCGCCUACACCCGCCUCAGCACCUGCACCAGAUCCCAACAGCCCGCCUGCGCAGGAGGCCAUCCUGCCAACCCCUGCUCUCCCCAACGUGAGCCUGCCUGAUGGCUUCAUCGCCACCCCUGUGGCCACUGCCCUGGACCCCAUGAGCGGGCAGGGCUGUGAACCCCCACAGAAGUUUGCUGAAGUCAGCAAGCCACCCUCCGUCAUCACCCACACGGCCUCUGCUACCCUCACCCACGAUGCCUCUGCCACCACCUUCAGCCAGAGCCCGGGCCUUAUCAUCACAACCCGCUAUCGCCCCUCCACGUCGCCCUGUGGCCUGGCGCUGUCGCCAGUCACCCGGCCUCCGACGGUUGGGCCUCCCCAACCCCGUCUAACUUUUGUGCACCCCAAGCCCGUAUCCUUGCCUGUAGGGAGGCCCAAGCAGCCCCCCAAAAUAGUGCCUGCUCCCAAGCCAGAGCCUCUGCCCGUGGUGUUGAAGAAUGCUUGCAUUGCCCCAGCUCCCUUUCCAGGACAGCCGCAGGCAGUGAUUAUGACAUCAGGUCCUCUGAAGAGAGAAGGGAUAUUGGCUUCUACCGGGUCGCAGUCCAACGUGGUCAUCACACCUGCUGCCAUCGCCAGGGCUCCUGGAGUCACAGAGUUCCACAGUGGCAUCCUGGUGACAGACCUCGGCCACGGCUCGGGCAGCCAGCCCGCCCCCGUCUCGCGGCUCUUCUCUCCCAGCGCAGUGCAGGACUCCCUGGUGAAGGGCGAGCAGGUCCCGCUGCACGGGGGCGUUCCUCAGGUCCCUGCCGCCGCCUCCAGUCGAGACUGCCCGAACUCAGGGCAGGCCUCUCCGUGUGCUUCAGAACACAGCCCCAGUCCUCAGUCUCCCCAGAACAACUGCUCAGGGAAAUCUGCAGACCCCAAAAAUGUGGCUGCUUUGAAGCAGAACCGGCAGAUGAAGCACAUUUCAGCUGAGCAGAAAAGGCGCUUCAACAUCAAGAUGGGCUUUGACACCCUCAACAGCUUGAUCUCUAAUAAUACCAAGCUGACCAGCCACGCCAUCACGCUGCAGAAGACCGUGGAGUACAUCACCAAGCUGCAGCAGGAGCGCAGCCAGAUGCAGGAGGAGGCCCGGCGGCUGCGGGAGGAAAUCGAGGAGCUGAACGCCACCAUCAUCUCCUGCCAGCAGCUGCUCCCUGCCACAGGCGUCCCCGUCACCCGGCGCCAGUGCGAUCACAUGAGAGACAUGUUUGAAGAAUAUGUGAAAAGCCGGACCCUGCAGAAUUGGAAGUUCUGGAUUUUCAGCGUCAUCAUCAAGCCGCUGUUUGAGUCUUUCAAGGGCGUGGUGUCCACCAGCAGCCUGGAGGAGCUGCACCGGACGGCGCUGUCCUGGCUGGACGAGCACUGCUCCCUGCCCAUCCUCAGGCCAACCGUGCUGAGCAGCCUGCGGCACCUGAGCACCACCACGUCUGUGCUGACGGACCCAUCCCAGCUGCCGCGGCAGGCGGCGGAGGCCGUCGCCAGGACUGGCAAGAGGGCCGCUCAGGACGCCGCGCUCAGGUCUGAGGCAGGUUCGGGUCCUGCCGCCAGCAAUAGCCCAGCUUUGGGAACCCCUUGCUGUGAACUCUGACUCAGCGACCUCAGUCACCAACCUCCGUGCACUCGGGGCAGCCCAGCCCCAGGGGAGUGCCGUUCCUGUGCCUGUCCUGUCCUGCUGCCGGGAUGUCGGGGCUGCUGCGCCAGCGCCAAGGGCAGAAGGGGCAGGAGGAGACAGCACCUGCUCCCGCGAGUUAGGAGACGUGAGGGCCCUUCCCGGCUCCUGUCUUGAGACUUACAGACGUUCCUCCAGUCGCAUCUUGUGCACUCGCUCACCCUGCCCGUGGGGCGGUUGGGAGGCAACCUUCCUCCCCCGACGCUGACCUUAUAGCUAGAUUGGGUGUCUGCUUAGGCUUUGCACGGUCGACGGCCUUCUCCCACUGCACGGGCUGCCAGGGAAACCCCGCAACACAGUGUGCAACGCAGUGGGUGUGCAUGCACGCGGAGGAGAGCAGAAGCACACGGCGGAGCUGCUGCAGGCUUGGAGAGCCCCUCGGGCGGUGCUUCCAUCUGUUACGACUGCGUUCCGCUUGGUGUCACAGCUGUGCUGACGUGAGCGUCGCCUGGCGGGGGCUCGGUGUGGUCCCUUCUCCCUCAUUCUCCACCUGCGUCCCAGCCGCAGUCGGGCCAGCGGCAGUGUUUGAUGGAUGCUGCUCACCCUUCGGGCGCAGCGAGCAUUUGAAAGCCCAGGCUCUGUGGUGCUGCCGUCGGCCUGGUUGCCUUGUCUGGAUUGCUUAGCCGGGAGCCCCAGACCAUGACAGUUCUCGGACCAAAGACGCCACCAUGCCCAGCGUCCGCCCUGCCUUGUGUUUAGAGGCAGAAAUUGAAUGUCGCCAGCAGAAGUCCUCGGGGCUGUCUCUGGGCAUCUCCCAGGUCAGACAGUAAAGAAUUCCACCAGAUUUAAUCAGGUCGGGGGCAGCGGGCUGUUUCCCAACGUGGGAAUUGCGCUUGGAAGGGUUCGGGGGUCGUGGCAGGAGGGGCAGGUCUGCAAGGGCAACUCCAGGUGGAAGGACGCUCUCUAACACUCAGGAAGCCCAGCCAAGGGUACCUUCUCGUUGCAAAUGUGCUUUUCACGUCCUGCUGUGAAGUUCGGAGGCCAGCAGGCUUCCCGUUCAACCCCUGUCCUCUCCACCCGGGCAGCGCUGGGCAGGCCAGGGCUCCUGCUGGUCUUUGCAGAGCACAAGAGCCACAUGAAGGGGUACCAUGGGCCACCUGCGGAAGUUCGGAUCCCCUCCAAGGCUCCCACUAGUUCCUGGGGGCCUGCGGAAGGCGCCCCUGGGGGCAGCUAGCCCCACCUCAGCCUCGACUGACAGAGGGUGGAGGCGGGUCCUCUCCCUGUCCAGGCCAUGCCACCACGUCUGCCGCAGGUCACAGCCGGUCACCCGCUCUCUCAUCUGUGCUCCAGCCCCUCUGCCUCCCCGGAAAGCGUGUUUACAGGCCUCCUGGAUCACUCUCCUGGGGGCAAGCACAAGAGCGGCUGAGCCAGCCCUUAAUUUCCACUGGGAAGUGGGGUGAGAACUCGGCCUUCCCCCAGGAUGCACACGAGGUCACCCUUCAGAAGGGGAAGACCACUGCGGUAAGAACUCCGCGAGGCUCGAAAGGGAAAAAGGAAAACCAGAGGCGAUCCCAGCUGUGAGGGCUCGUGGAGGGCCCAGCGCUCGGCCCGCCCCAGUUCCUGUGCCUUCGCCACCUGCGCAGGUGGCCGCAGAGCUCGGCCCUGUCACGACCUCUCCAAAAUCAGUAGCUUUCUCCCCACCCCUUGCUGGGAGUCUUUUUUUAAAAAACUCCUUGGGAUAUAAAAUUGGCCUCUUGCUUUGGCCUACCUCUCCCUCUCUCCCUUUUGCUGACUUAACAUUUGUGAUUCUGUUUUGUGAAAUAUUUAAGGCUGUUAGGACGUGUGAGGCUUUGACGGGUGUGUGCGUGCGUGCGUGCGUGUGUCCCAGCAGACAGUUAAGAUGGAUGUCUUGUUUAGAGAUAUUUACUUAAAUCCAUUUCUCUCGGUGCUCACCAUUAUCACGGCUCUAGGGCCAUAAAGCUGUAUCUCUUCCUACAGACACAACUGUUUCUUGCCCAGGAAGUUUUCUUGUUUUGGAAUCUUGCCCGAUAAGAUGGGAGCACAGCUUUGUCCUGUGUCCUGGGGUCCCAGGCCGGGAUGCAGGGACCCCGGGGUGCUCUGCCAGCCGCCUGCAAGGGGUGCUGUGGUUUAUUGAUGUUCACUUUCCCCCUCCUGUCCCUGCUCCCAUAAAAGAAACUUCAAAAUGCUGACACUUUGGAGGAUAAGAAAACCAACCUGAAAAGAAAAGGGAAAAAAAAAAAAGCCUGCGUGGCACAUACGUCUCUGAAA